AUGGAUAGCAUCGAAUCCUACAUCCGCUCGGAUAAUUUUACUAAACUUUCACCAGAUGCAUUGUACCGAAUUCAAAUCAAGUGUCAAAGUUCAAAUCCAAGUGAAAAAGAAGGGGGACAUGGAAAACCGGAGCUAACAUAUAAACAAGCGAAAAAUCGAGUCACGCGAAAAUCUUCCCGCUUAUCAUCCCAGGACAGUACCUGCAGCGAGUCAAGUGUAAUGGGGAUUCCCAGCAGACGAGAUACAGUGACUUCACGGGGACGCACCAAAAACAGCCGCGGACCCCGUGGAAAGAACACUGUUGACCCUUCAGACAUGACUGGGAAAAAGAAGAUCAGAAGAACGCCAAAAGCAACUGAGAUCACAACGUCCAGCACACCAACCCUUAAUUCCCCAAUAAUUUCACUACAAGAUCAAAUAAACCCUGAAGAAAAGUUUCAGCGAAUUUUAUCUGAUAAUCUGAAGGAGUACAGCAGACAGCGUAUGCGUGCUCUUCACAUGAGUCUUCGCCACUUUAGCAACGUGGAGACCCGGAUUACACAAAAAGAGUUGCAUCAAGCUUUCCAGGAUAAUCAGAUAAAAUUGCCAAGUCGGAUAACUCAGUUUUUGAUUGAUCGGUUUGAAGACAACAGGGGAAUAGACUGUGAACGUCUGUACAGAUUUCUAACAGAAGCACAUCUUAAGUCAGGUAGAGAUAGUGUGGUAGCUUUGCAGAGAAGAAAUGAUCUUGAAACCAAGGCGGAAGUGACUUCAGAGGAGAGAGACGCCAAUCUAAUUCAGCGUUUGGAACAACUACUGACUGACAACCUAGAAUAUUUUGACAUAGAGGCCCUUCGACAGAAUUUCCGGUCAAUAGACAAGGAUAAAAGUGGCAAAAUAAGCAGAAAUGAGGUUGAUGACGUAUGUAGCCGAUAUCAGACCCCCCUCUAUGGUGCUCUGCUCAAGGCCCUGCUCUGUCGCUGUGACGAGGAAAACAACAAUAUGAUUAGCUGGCCUGAGUUCCUCCAUUUUCUCGAUCUCUCACAACAGAACGCGCAGGCAAAAUGUCCCAGCCUUUGUGACCUUCCUCUGAAGGUCAAAUCUCGAGCACCUGUCACCCCUUCUCCUAUUGAUGAACUCUCAGAGGAGACCAAAUCCAGGCUUGUCAGUAAACUACGUAAAAAGGUCUCAAUGGUGAAAGACCGAGCUUCUUCAACAAAACAAGAUGAAGACCCGUUGAAGACCACAGAGCUGAAUGGCGAUAUUUCUUGUAGGGAAAACACAGAAGUCAAACCAGUGAGGGAGGAAGAAGUAAAUCCGGAUCGUAAGAGAAUAGUGGCAAAUAUGCGUCGUGUCACAAACUUAGUGAAGACGUCUUCGGGAUUUCUCAAUACUGUAAAACUUUUUAUAUCAGGCAAGAGAAAAUCAGAGCCAGACUUGAAGACGGCUGGUUUGGAAAAUGGAUUCACAGAUAACGACACUAAAAUCCAAAAUACGUCAUCACAUACCUCUGACGUCAUGUCUGAAUCGUCCAAUUCUUAUACGGCGGAGAGCAAUGCACAAUAUUCUGCUCCACCAAGUCCACCAAAACCUUGUAGAUCCGCGCCUGUACUAUCGUGCUGUGAAAUACCUGGAACAGUCACCGAUUCAUCAUCUUUACAGCAUAUCCCUAAGAAUGAAAAACUGACAUUUUCAAUCACGGUAAAAGGUCGAAGCAUAGAUUUCCAGCCGCCGUGUAAUGUCAAUAACAACCCAUUGAUUCUUGAUCCGCCCACCCACAGACUGAAGUUAGAUUGGGUAUAUGGUUACCGUGGAAACGAUUGUCGUAGUAACAUUUUCGUUCUUGCAUCAGAUGAGAUUGUGUACUUUAUUUCCAACAUCGCAGUGUUGUAUAGCAGACAGACACACAAACAAAGACAUUAUCGUGAACACAACGAGGACAUCAAAUGUUUGAAUGUUCACUCGAACGGAAAUACAGUGGCGACUGGACAGUUUACCAGCAAAACCAACCCUCAAAACCAGGCUCACAUCCGGGUAUGGCGAGCUGACACAUUGCAAACAAUACACGUGAUCGGUGCUGGGAUGUAUCAAAAGUCAGUGCUGGCAAUGGCGUUCUCUGGGUCAUCUGACCUCUUAGUGGCCGUGGACGACAGUCCAGAGAAACGCCUGACCCUCUGGGACGUCAGCUCAGGGGAACUCAAAGGGGACACCGUGGUAAAUACAGAGGUAAUAUGUGAUCUACAGUUUAACACAAAAUACCCGGAUGUUUUAGUCCUUUCCGGUAAAGAACAUCUGACCUGGUGGAAGAUUUACUCACAUUCGCGGAUGAUUCAACCUUUGGCAAAGCCGGACUACGAAAAUUUUCUGAAGGCUAAGUAUGUGAUAUGUCUGACUCACAAUGACAGAGGAGACUUACUGACCGGGGACUCUAAUGGAACCGUGUAUGUAUGGGGGGAUGGAGGAAACAAAAUCACCAACUUCAUCAAACACGCCCAUGACGGUCCCGUGUUUACAGUCCUAUGUAUGCGAUCCUACAUUGUGACGGGGGGUAGGGAUGGGUUUAUUUACUGCUGGCAGUACAAUAAAAACAUGGAGAAGGACGGCGAGCUACAGCUGCCUAAGUCAGAGGGUGGAGUCAGGCUCUUGGUUCUCCAUGGUGACGUGAUUAUCAUUGGUACUACAGUUAACUCAAUGCUGUCAAUCACUUCAUCCAAGAAACAAGCUCCACUUAAAAAUGUGACUCUUGAUCAAGUUCCCAUGACGCAGGGUCACUUCAGUGAGGUGCGGGGUCUGGCUCUGGUAUCCCGGAAGGAGACUAUGGGGAGUAUAGUAACAGCCGGAACUGACGGUAUUCUGUGCUGGUUCAAUCCACACGGCAGGGACCCAGUGUGUAAACUGGCACUGAAGGGUAUACAGUUUCUGUGUGUUGAUGCGCUUCCUUUGGGAAAACACUUAGCUUUGGGAACUAGAGAUGGACAUGUGAUCGUCCUUGACAUAGAUGGUGUCUCCAGCACAGAGUCUUUUCAUCAGAAACUCUGUAAGGACAAAAUAACUACAAUUAAAUUCUCGCCUGAUGGAUCGUUCUUAGCUGCCGGGUCAGUAGACUGCUGUGUCUACGUUUGUUGUCUUACCAAUAAGGAAGACGGCUCAAAGAGCUGGGAAUUCACAGGGAAAUUUAAGGAUCACACAGGGCCAGUACAGUCCUUUGAUUGGUCUUCUGAGCCACAGGAUUCUGAUUACUUAAUAAAGAGCUGUACUUCAGUACCAGAGCAAUUUGUCUGGAAUGCUACAAACUUUUGUCAAAAAGACAAGGAUUUAGACACAAUGUCAAUACAAUGGGAAACAGAGACGUGUGCGGUGGACGUCAGUAUGUGUGGACUGUGGAGCUCUAAACAGGCCAGGAACAAUGACGUUCACUGUGUAGCUGUUAACUCACAGAACAAGCUGGUGGCCAUGGGCAACUCCAGUGGACAAAUCAGUCUAUUCAGAUAUCCAUGCUUCAAACAGGGAGCUUACUGUCAUACUUACAAAGGUCACGGUGGUGUGAGAAAUCUAGUAUUUAGCGAGGAUGGCCAGUUCCUGUUUUCUGUUGGUGGUCGGGAUUUGGCAAUCUUGCAAUGGGAAGUGACAUAGGGAACCUCUCUUACAGUAGAAAGUGACAUUGGGAACAUCUGUUACAAUGGGAAGUGACAAUGGGAACCAUUCUAACUGUAGGAAGUUCAUUUUGUACAAUGGGAAGUGAUAUGGGGAUUAUUUUUCUUACAGUGGGAAGUGACAUAGGGAACAUUUCUUGCAAGUGGAAGUGACCUAGGGAACCUUUUUCGCUAUAGGAAUGACAUUCAUAUUUUUUUCAAUGGGAAGUAUCAUAGGGAGUCUAUCUUAGUAUUGGAAGUGACAGGUCUAGGGAACCUUUUUACUAUGGAAAGUGACAUAAAGAACCUUUCUUUCGAUUGGAGGUGGAAAAAACCCUUUCUUAUGAUGGAAAGUGAAUACAGGAACCUUUUUUACUAAAAGGACAUCCUGAAUCUCUUUUAAAAUGAGAAGUGACACGGGAAACCUCUCUUACAAUGAGAAGUGAAAUUUUGUACAAUUUUGUACAAUUGGAAAUGACACAGGAAACUUUUCUUAAAAUGGGACGUGACAUAGAGAAUCUUUCUUAAUAUGGGAAGGGAUAGAGGGAACCACUCUUAAAGUGAAACUGAAAAAGAGAACCUUCCUUAUAAUUUGAAAAUAAGACUCCUUUCCUUUGAUGGGAAGUGAAACUGGGAACCUCUUUAACUCAGUUAUUGAUUACUAUAGGAACAUAGUGAACCUCUCUUAAAAUGUGAAGUGAAACAGGGGACCUCUCUUAUAAUACAGUGACGUUUUAUAUACUAAGUAAUCAGAAAUGAAAAAGGAGAAAAUGACACAGGAAAUCUUUCUUAAAAAUCUAAAGAGUCAUAGGGAACCUUCAUUAGACCCUGUUAAGAUAGAGAAUUUAAUGUGAAUAAGCUUAAUUCAAAUUAAUUGUGCAUCAAAUUACUUAGCAUUAACAGUGUGUGAAUGCUAAGCAAACCUAAUUUUAACUAAACUUUUACCCAUGCUUAAUAGAAAAAUUAUGUCACAUACAAUAUGUUGGUGGUCAGGUACAAGUACUCUGUAUGCUAUUUUUGAGUGAAAAACAAAUGAAAAUUAAUUUUACCUCAGUCAGAUGUAUAUCUGCUCUGCAUAAGGCGACUUAUUUUUAAAUGCAACAUAGCAGCCUUACCGUAGGAAUAAAAUUUUAAAAAUGUUAAUUCAUUUCGCAUUAUUUAUUAUGUAAGUGAAAUUUGAUUGGCAUAAAUUUACUUCACAUUUAUAUACUACAAAUCAAUUAUUUCAUGCAUAUUCCUGGGAACAGGGCAUUACAAUAGGAAGUGACACAGGGAAUCUUUCUUACAACAUGAAGUGGCAUAGGGAAUCUAUCUUACAAUAAGUCUUGAAUUAGGGAAUCUUUCUUACAAUAAGAAUAGACAAAGGGAACCUUUCUUACAAUAGGAAGUGACAUAGGGAAUUUUCUUACAAUAAGAAUUGAGAUAGGGUACCUUUCUUACAAUGAGAAGUUAUGUAAGGAACCUUUCUUACAAUGGGAAGUGACAAAGGGGAACCUUUGUAAAAUUAACAAUCGACAUAGGAACCUUUCUUACAAUUAGAAUAGAUGUAAGGAACCUUUCUUACAAUGGGAACUUUUCUUGCAAUAAGAUUUGAGGUAUGGAACUUUUCUUAUAAUGGGAAGUGACAUAUGGAACUUUUCUAACAAUGAGAAGUUACUUAGGAAACCUUUCUUACAAUAAGAAUUAAUGUAGGGAACCUUUCUAACAAUAAGAAUUGAUGUAAAGAACAUUUCUUACAAAGAAAUUGAGGUAUGGAAUCUUUCUUACGAUAAAAAUUGAGGUAUGGAACUUUUCUUACAGUUAGAAUUGAUGCAGGGAACCUUAUUUUAUAAUAAUAAUUAUUAUACAAUAAGAAUUGAAGUAGGGAUCAUUUCUUACAAUGGGAAGUGAGGUAGGGAACCUUUCUUGUUAUAAGAUUUGAGGUAGCGAAUGUUUCUUACAAUUGGAAGUGAGGUAGAGAAACUUUCUUACAAUAGAAAGUGCCAUAGGGAAAAUAAGUUAAAGCUCAUAAGACAUACUAUCUUGAAAAGAUUGAAGAAAAUGUAAUACUGUUAGAGUUCUUGUCAUUGUUUAGGAUGUUACUUACUGUUGUUACUUGAAAUAUGAUAUUAUUUUGUGAACACAAUACUCUAUUAAAUACCAUUGUUUUAUUGUUAGUUGAAGAAGUUACUCAAUAAAACCUUUUAAAAAUGUU